AUGGGUGACGAGGAGGUUGCCGCGUUGGUGGUGGACAACGGCAGCGGUAUGUGCAAGGCUGGCUUUGCCGGGGACGAUGCCCCGCGGGCAGUCUUCCCUUCUAUCGUCGGACGCCCGAAGAUGCCGGGCAUCAUGGUGGGCAUGGACCAGAAGGAUUCCUACGUGGGUGAUGAGGCCCAAUCCAAGAGAGGUGUGCUCACGUUGAAGUACCCCAUCGAGCACGGCAUCGUCACGAACUGGGACGACAUGGAGAAGAUCUGGCACCACACCUUCUACAACGAGCUGCGCGUGGCCCCAGAGGAGCACCCGGUGCUGCUGACGGAAGCCCCUCUGAACCCCAAAGCCAACCGCGAGCGCAUGACGCAGAUCAUGUUCGAGACCUUCAAUGCGGCUGGCUGGAGAAAUAGCUUAGAAGUGCCGGCCAUGUACGUGGCCAUCCAGGCCGUGCUGUCUCUCUAUGCCUCCGGCCGCACCACCGGUAUCGUCAUGGACAGCGGCGACGGCGUGUCGCACACAGUGCCGAUCUACGAGGGCUACGCGCUGCCCCAUGCCAUCCUCCGACUGGACCUGGCCGGCCGUGACCUCACGGAGUACAUGAUGAAGAUCCUGACCGAGCGCGGCUACUCCUUCACCACCACGGCAGAGCGCGAGAUUGUGCGUGAUGUCAAGGAGAAGCUGUGCUACAUCGCGCUGGACUUCGACAGUGAGAUGAAGGCAGCCAGCGAGAGCAGCGACAAGGAGAAGACGUACGAGCUUCCGGACGGCAACAUCAUCACCGUGGGCGCCGAGCGCUUCCGCUGCCCAGAGGCUGGGAAAGUCCUGCAUGCCACAACGGGGCUGCCUCACUUUGUCCUGUUCCAGCCCAGCUUCGUGGGAAAGGAGGCUAGCGGCAUCCACGACACCACCUUCCAGUCCAUCAUGAAGUGCGACGUGGACAUCCGAAAGGACCUCUACUCCAACGUGGUGCUGUCGGGUGGCACCACCAUGUUCCAGGGCAUCGGUGAGCGCAUGACCAAAGAGCUGACUGCCUUGGCACCUUCCACCAUGAAGAUCAAGGUGGUGGCCCCACCGGAACGUAAGUACAGCGUGUGGAUUGGAGGCUCCAUCCUGUCCUCCCUGAGCACCUUCCAGCAGAUGUGGAUCUCCAAGGGCGAGUACGAUGAGAGCGGCCCGACCAUCGUGCACCGCAAGUGCUUCUAA